AUGGAGUUCUUGGUGAUCUUCUUGGUGUUUCUAGUCCAACAACUAUGUGCUACGAAUGAGCAAGGAAAUACUAUUGAUUGUCCCCCUUCUUCCUGUGGGAAAAUCGCAAACAUAAGUCGUCCAUUUCGAUUGAAAAGUGACCCAACAUAUUGCGGCCACCGCAAGUAUGAACUGAGUUGUGAAAAUAAUGUUACGGUGUUAUAUUUGUACCGGGGAAAAUAUCAUGUGCAGGCAAUUAACUACCACAAUUUCACAAUCCGAGUGGUUGAUCCGGGAGUUGAAGAACCAAGUUGCUCCUCCCUUCCUCGCUAUUUCUUGUCUCAAUCCAAUUUCAGUGAUACUUAUCAUGUUCACGCCGUGGAUCCAUACAGAGCUACUCAAAACCAAUUGUUUCAAGGUAGUUCUAAUCAGAAGCGUCUUUUCGAGCACAUAAUUUACAUGAAUUGUAGGCAUCCAGUGAAUGACAAUUCUAAGUACGUGAAUACUACUCCGUGCGUGAAGUGGCACUCCGAAGGCUAUAUAUAUGCUAUCGCUGGUGACUUAAAAGCAGCGGACUUUGAAGUUGGUUGUCGUAUAAAGUUGGUUUCUCCCACGUCUUGGUGGGGUUUGGAUUCAAAUCCAUAUUCGUACGCUAUGAUGAACAGGGCGCUGGUUUAUGGAUUUGAGAUGUCGUGGAUGCCUUUCGCCUGUAAGGAUCAUUGUGGAAACUCAACUCAUGAUAGCUGCUAUUUGCACUCGUCCACCCUCCAGCUUCAGUGCUCGCGCUACUGCAGCUACAUAUUCGGAACAACGGAACUGGAAUGUGCUUGGCUCUAUGAUAUUUUCAUAGUUUCUUACUUUAGCGAAGACAAAUUGAAGAAGUUAUACUUAUAUGUUGUUAUAUCGCAUAGUUCGUUCUUUUUCAUUCUUGAUUGA